GUCACAGAGGCUCGGGCUCCCCAUAUUUAGCAGUGUGGCGGCGCAGCGCGGACAAACCGGGCUGGAGCCACAGGAGCGGCGGAGCGGACGACUGGAGUCGACGUUUACACAGCCUGACGCCCCGACAGGCCCGCGGAGGGGCCGCCGCCGAGGAGAGCGCUGUCUGAACAGAAGAACCGGCUACUUUGCGCGGGCAGUCGAGCGGACUUCGCCGAGGAACGGCGCUUUUGCGGAUGGAGUUUUGGCUAGCGAGCUAGUUAGCAUGGCAACCAGCUAACGCUAGCCCCGCUCCGCUCCGUCGACGGGUCGGGCCGAGUCGGGUCGGGAGAAGCCGACCGCCUUCGCUCCUUCUCCACCGUAACCAGCAUAUAUGCGCCAUAGGCUCGCCGGGAGAUGCCGGCUGGGUGUCUGAGCUUCCAGCUAAUCGCUGUUCCGGACUGCGAGCCGCGCUCGGCAGCUUAACUUCUUAGCACGCUAACCGAGUUGGGCUAAGUUAGCUCGACGUCCGUCAAUAUAACGUUACAGUCCGUCUGAUCGCGUGAGGAUCGGAGUCUGAUCGCGUGGGGAUCGGAGUCUGGUCGCGUGAGGAUCGGAGUCUGAUCGCGUGAGGAUCGGAGUCUGGUCGCGUGAGGAUCGGAGUCUGGUCGCGUGAGGAUCGGAGUCUGAUCGCGUGGGGAUCGGAGUCUGGUCGCGUGAGGAUCGGAGUCUGAUCGCGUGAGGAUCGGAGUCUGAUCGCGUGAGGAUCGGAGUCUGAUCGCGUGAGGAUCGGAGUCUUCUUCUCCCCGAGUAUUAGGGGUUACACCUCGGCCCCGUCCAGGGGGGGCAGGAGUCCAUCCACCGUCCAGGCGGACGCACACCGCUUGCCCGACCUGUCACACUUGGCUUCGGUGGCCGAGCAGCGACCCGCUUCGGUCCGGACCUCCGGAGUUUCCUUAGCCGAGUUCAUCCUCUAGGAGCCGGACAGACGGAACCGGACAGAGACCCCAUGAAUGGAAAUCGGAACUACAGGAGCCGUUGGGGCCCAGUCCCUGUUCUCCAUGCCCCGGAGGCCCGGCUAUGGCACCAUGGGGAAGCCCAUCAAGCUGCUGGCCAACUGCUUCCAGGUGGAGAUCCCCAAGAUGGACGUCUACCUCUAUGAGGUUGACAUUAAGCCUGAGAAGUGCCCACGCAGAGUCAACAGGGAGGUGGUGGACUCCAUGGUGCAGCACUUUAAGGUGACCAUCUUCGGGGAUCGUAGGCCAGUCUACGAUGGGAAGAAAAGCCUUUACACAGCCAACCCACUGCCUGUGGCGCCUGCAGGAGUGGACCUGGACGUCACGCUGCCAGGAGAGGGAGGGAAAGACCGACCGUUUAAGGUCACCAUCAAGUUUGUGUCUCUGGUCAGCUGGCACCUGCUGCAUGAAGUGCUGACUGGGCGUGGAAUGCCUGAACCACUGGAGCUGGACAAGCCCAUCAGCACCAACCCAGUGCAUGCUGUGGACGUGGUGCUGAGACACCUGCCCUCUAUGAAGUACACUCCUGUGGGUCGGUCGUUCUUUUCGGCUCCAGAGGGUUACGACCAUCCUCUGGGAGGAGGGAGGGAGGUGUGGUUUGGCUUCCAUCAGUCUGUCCGGCCUGCCAUGUGGAAGAUGAUGCUCAACAUAGAUGUGUCGGCCACGGCCUUCUACAAAGCACAGCCAGUCAUUCAGUUCAUGUGUGAAGUCCUGGACAUCCACAACAUCGACGAGCAACCUCGCCCCCUCACAGAUUCGCAUCGGGUCAAGUUCACCAAAGAGAUCAAAGGUCUUAAGGUGGAGGUGACGCACUGUGGAACCAUGCGGAGGAAGUACAGAGUGUGUAACGUGACCCGCCGGCCUGCCAGCCACCAAACGUUCCCCUUGCAGUUGGAGAAUGGGCAGACAGUGGAGCGGACCGUAGCUCAGUAUUUCAGAGAGAAGUACAACCUGCAGCUCAAAUACCCUCACCUGCCCUGCCUGCAGGUGGGCCAGGAGCAGAAACACACCUACCUGCCUCUAGAGGUGUGUAAUAUAGUGGCUGGACAGAGGUGCAUCAAGAAACUGACCGAUAAUCAGACGUCCACCAUGAUCAAAGCCACAGCGCGUUCAGCACCAGACAGACAAGAGGAGAUCAGUAGACUGGUGCGCAGUGCCAACUAUGAGGCAGACCCUUUUGUGCAGGAGUUCCAGUUUAGAGUGCGUGACGAGAUGGCCCACGUGACGGGCCGCGUGUUGCCGGCACCCAUGCUGCAGUACGGGGGCAGGGUGAGCUCAGAGCACUAUCUGAACCGUACCGUGGCUACUCCCAGUCAUGGAGUGUGGGACAUGCGGGGGAAACAGUUCCACACGGGUGUGGAGAUCAAAAUGUGGGCCAUAGCCUGCUUCGCCACGCAGAGACAGUGCCGCGAGGAGAUACUCAAGGGGUUCACCGACCAGCUGCGCAAGAUCUCGAAAGAUGCUGGGAUGCCCAUCCAGGGCCAGCCGUGUUUCUGUAAGUACGCGCAGGGAGCAGACAGUGUGGAGCCCAUGUUCAGACACCUGAAGAACACCUACGCUGGCCUGCAGCUCAUCAUCGUCAUCCUGCCUGGAAAAACGCCCGUUUAUGCGGAGGUGAAGCGUGUAGGAGACACUCUUCUGGGCAUGGCCACUCAGUGUGUUCAGGUGAAGAAUGUAGUGAAGACAUCUCCACAGACGCUCUCCAACCUCUGCCUCAAAAUCAACGUCAAACUCGGCGGCAUCAACAACAUCCUAGUGCCACAUCAACGGCCGUCAGUAUUCCAGCAGCCGGUGAUCUUCCUGGGGGCAGAUGUUACACACCCACCUGCUGGAGAUGGGAAGAAGCCCUCCAUUGCUGCUGUGGUGGGCAGCAUGGAUGCCCACCCCAGUCGGUACUGUGCCACGGUUCGGGUGCAGAGGCCCCGGCAGGAGGUGAUUCAGGAUUUGGCCUCCAUGGUGCGGGAGCUCCUCAUCCAGUUCUACAAAUCGACUCGCUACAAACCCACCAGAAUUAUCUACUACAGGGAUGGUGUGUCUGAAGGCCAAUUCAGACAGGUGCUGUAUUAUGAGCUGUUGGCUAUCCGGGAGGCCUGCAUCAGCCUGGAGAAAGAGUAUCAGCCCGGCAUCACUUACAUCGUAGUGCAAAAACGCCACCACACUCGCCUCUUCUGUGCCGACCGCAAUGAGAGGGUGGGCCGCAGUGGUAACAUUCCCGCUGGUACGACUGUGGACACCGACAUCACGCACCCCUACGAGUUUGACUUUUACCUCUGCAGUCAUGCUGGAAUACAGGGCACGAGUCGCCCCUCCCACUACCACGUGUUGUGGGAUGACAACUGUUUCACGGCUGAUGAAUUUCAGCUGCUCACAUACCAGCUGUGCCACACCUAUGUGCGCUGCACACGAUCCGUCUCCAUCCCAGCGCCCGCCUACUAUGCCCAUCUGGUGGCCUUCCGCGCCCGCUACCACCUGGUGGACAAAGAGCACGACAGUGCGGAGGGCAGCCAUGUUUCUGGUCAGAGUAACGGUCGGGACCCCCAGGCUCUGGCUAAAGCUGUGCAGAUUCACCAUGACACCCUGAGGACCAUGUACUUCGCCUGAGAGAGCCCCAACCUCUACACACACCCACACACACACACACACUGACACACAAACUCACACACCACCUACCCAUAUGUGUGUCCCUGAGGGUCUGAUUCCAUGGCAGUGAGAGCGCCCACUAAAUCCGGACCGGACACUGUGCGGCAGAAAAGGGGGGGUGCCUGGCCUGAGAACGCACACCUGCUUUAAUCCCCACACCUGAAAACUCAGCACUAUUAUGCAAUAUUAAACCAGCCAACUGCUUUUUCCCCCUUUUCCGUUGGGGGUGUCUUGAGGCUCCCCUCUUCCCUCCUUACCAAACAAAAGGGAGGUUUUGUUUGUUUUUGUUUUUGUUUCUUUCUCUCCCCUGUCUGUUGAUCAUUUUACCUCAGGCUUGUAACAGCAGCGCUUUCUAACCCUCAUAAGCUCCCCAGUGGUUGCAGAAUGACAUCGAGCGAGCAGUCAGUUCUGAGAGUUGGAGAACGGCAUGUCUUCUGCUAAGACUGCGAAUGGGCCCUUUUUUAAUCUACAUCAAUAAGGAUGUAGCCAAAGUACCUUUUUAUUUCUCCCUACUUUUGUAGCCAAUCGUGACUUAAGAUGUAUGAGUGUAAAUUGUGAUGAACCAGUUGUGCGUUAUUGAUGUAUAAAAACACACACACACACAUGCUGUAGUUGUGAGUAAAGUGCCACCCACAGGCAUUAGGGCCAGAUAUUCCCAGAAACUGCCUGAAAGCCGAUUAGAAUAACGCGUUUUAAUUUACCUAUUUUAAUUUUUUUCUCCCCAAACUUUGUGCCGAGUAAUAUCCAGAACGUUGUCUGUGAGCUCUGAUGUACUGCAGUGCAAACCGAUCAUAUUUUAGUAUAUCUAUACAUUUUUAUGUGUACAGGUUCUUUUUUUUCCUCCCAGUAUUUGUUUGCCUGGUUUCUUUGCGGCGUUCUCGUGCCCUCCCCAUCUCGUAUUUCUUGUUUAAACACUCGGAGAGGCCAUGUUGUUUGACAGAUUAUAAUAUUACGGUUUUAGUGCAAUAAUCCAUUAGCGGGUUGAGUGUCCCUGCACAGACAAAGGCUUUGUGGGUUAUCUGAGACUGGAACAGGAGGAAUUAAGAGGAUGACAGCAGCUCUGCUCUCUGCGGAGCUUUUCUUUUUUUUGUUUGUUUUUAAAGGAAAGGGAAUGGAGGGCAUUGUAGAGGUUGGAAAGAUGUAUGU